CGGACGGGACGGGGCUGCGCCGCCCCCCGCGCUCGUUCCGGUUCCGGCGCGCGGAGCAGGGCGGGAGGCGGCGGAGGCCAUUAGGGAGAGCGGCGCGGGCGGUGUAGAGCCCCAGCACUGCAGCCAUGUCGAUCGGAGUGCCAAUCAAGGUCCUGCACGAGGCCGAGGGCCACAUCGUGACCUGUGAGACCAACACUGGGGAAGUUUAUCGAGGCAAACUUAUCGAAGCUGAAGACAACAUGAAUUGUCAGAUGUCCAACAUAACAGUGACAUACAGAGAUGGCCGGGUGGCACAGCUCGAGCAGGUGUACAUCAGGGGGAGCAAGAUACGGUUUCUCAUCUUACCAGAUAUGUUGAAGAAUGCUCCUAUGCUAAAGAGCAUGAAGAAUAAAAACCAGGGUUCUGGAGCUGGCCGAGGGAAAGCAGCUAUUCUCAAAGCUCAAGUGGCUGCUAGAGGAAGAGGCCGUGGGAUGGGCCGUGGCAACAUCUUCCAGAAGAGAAGAUAAUUUUGGUCUUGGCUGAAUUGCUUUUUUUAUUAGGGGUGUUAACUUGACUUUGUGUGCAUUGGUAUCAGUUUUGUUUAAUAAAUGUUUCUGACAAAACUUGUCUGCUCUUACCUGACAGGACAGUUAUUGGGCAAAUAUUUCAAACUCAAGCCAGCUUUUGAAAAUAGUGGACUUUGUUAUAUCUAGGUUUGACCACUUUGUGUGAUGCAUUGGUUUUUGAAGAUCAUUAUGUUUCCUUUUUCUUGUUAAUCCUGCUGUCAUUUAUUCUCUAAAGAAUUAGAAGGCAUUCUUAAUGAAGAAUUUUAAGUCAUACUAUAAAGUCUUAUUAGCAGCUGAAUUUAUGGAAAAUACAGCAAAACAGAGUUAGCUUCCUGAGAAGCAGAGCACUGUGUUCUUUAGCUUUUUACAAUAGAUAGAGGUCCACCUUCAGAUCUCUAUAUUGUACUUGUAUUCUUGCAUUUCUUAUCUUUCUCUUUGGAUAUGGGGAGAAUUUUUCAUUAGGAACACACAACUUUGAUAGCCUGAAUCUAUAUUUGCAGUGAAAAAAUCUAUUCUGACUUUCUUAGCAGUUUUUCCCUGUGUCUGAGAAAAUAUGACAGAAUAUAAAAUAGGCAUUUUCCAGGAUAAGUUUGAAAUGCUUUGUAGAUUUGAAAGGCAGUGCAGGUGUGUGAGAAAUUUUAUAAAUAGUUAUCCACUAAACACAGAUUAAUCCAAAUGCUGAUUUUUGAACAAAACUCACUAUCAACUUCAGCUUUUGAUCUUAUUAUCUGUACGCAGUUGUGUGUUGAUCAGCUGAUCUGCAGGAAGCCAAAUCUAGUUGUAACUUCAUUAAAGUGUGGCCUGGGUGUUUUUACUGACUUAAAUGGUUGAAAUGUUUCAAUGUAACCCUUGUGUACCUAAUCUACUUGCAUAAGGUCAAUUCCCAGUCUGUACACACACUGAAGAGCUGCUCUUGCUUUUCUGCCUGGGUUGCUGUGAAGACUCUCCCUUGUGUGCAGACAGGAAAGUUGAGCUAAUGUAUUAACUUGUUGAAUUGUGUGUAAAUAAAGCUGUAUUUGGUCUCUA